AUGACUUUCAUAAUCCAAAGCCUUGACGACCUGGAAAUACUAGGACUCUCCCCGGAACCAUACUCUUCGCAGCAGCGUAAGAGGCCAAAGGCACAUUCGGACUUGCUAAUGAAGAAGUUCCUGCGAGCAGAGCUCUCAGAGUACGAGUACGAGUCGGGAGAGGACACUCUAGAUAAGACCACAAAAGAAUGGGUGGUGGAGAUGGCCAUCGUCGGUUGUCUCGCAUGGCUAUGGAAGUAUGAGAGGAAUGUAGUGGACUUUGUUCUGGAUGCGUUUCCAUCGGGCAUGAAUCUCAAGAUGAAUCCACCGGGAGUACCUGAAUCAGUAGUGCUUAUUGCAUAA